AGUUAAUAUACCUCUUGAAAAGCAUGCUAGCAGAAUAUAUACAAGGACCAUGUUUGAAAUGUUUGGAUCGUUCCUUUUUGCUUCUGGAUCAUAUACGGUAGAGGAGCUGAUCCCGAAGAAAAAAUAUGUGGCAACACACCUGAAUGCAUCCAAAAGAGAAAAAUACCUUAAAUCUGUCUUUGAAAUAGAAGUUUCUGAGGAUGGCGAUUAUUUCACAUGUGAGUGUGGAUUAUUUGAGCACAUGGGUAUGGUUUGUUGUCACAUAAUAAAGGUGAUGUGUGAACUAAGACUAAGUGAAAUUCCAAAAAAACAUGUCAUGAAGAGAUGGACCCUAGAUGCAAGAGAUAUUUUACCUGAUCAUCUGAAGCACUAUCAGAAAGAUAUUGGUCUGAAUGAAACGCACACAUUUAGGCAUUCAAAGAUGUAUAUUGCUGCGCUUGAACUAGUGAAGAUGGGAGAUAUGAACGUCGCCGCAUAUGAAGCUGUGAUGAAGUGCUUGAUCGAUGCUAAGCUUAAGGUCACACCUCUUUGUGAUAAAACAGAUGGAAUGAGUAUAGUGGAGAAGGCCGCAACCAUGGCUAAAUCCAAUGGGACAAGUGCAGUCCGUGCUAAUUCGAAUGGAGGAAGUACAGUUCGUGCUAAUUCAAAUGGAGGCAGUACAGUCCGUGCUAAAUCAAAUGGAGGAAGUGCAACACAUGGUAUGGGUCGUCCCAAUUCAAAUAUACCAGCUGGUCCAGAAUUAUUUUCAGAGAAAGCAACUAAGGACAAAGAAAAAUAUGCGAUGUCAGAAGGAUCUUGUGUUGAUGGGGGAGAUGAUAGUUUGGAGUCAUUGAAUGAUGUUUACUCUCCAGAUAGGAGCCACCAUGAUUUGGCACCGCCUCCAGGUAAAAAAAGACGAGGUCGUCCAACGACUGCAAGAGACAAAGCUCCAUAUGAAAACAAAAACAAGAGAUCAAGAUUCUGCACAAUUUGUAGGCUAGAAGGACAUAAACGUACAACCUGCCCAAUCAGAGGAGAUGCUCCCAUGAAGCCAAGGCAAGCUGCUAGAUGCAGCAAUUGUGGAAUUACAGGGCAUCGGAGGACAAGUUGCGUCAAACCAAUUAGUUUUCCUGGUUGAUUUGUGAGUUUUCUAUAUACAUAUUGAUUGUAAAAUUAAACCUACAAUUAUCGGAUGACUGCAUGCGUGAAAAAUAUGUAUCGUGUGUAACUGUACUGAAUAUGUUUUCAGGUUGUUAAACUGAGGGCAAAAAA